AUGGCUAUUCUGGGGAUGGGCGAUGGAUAUCAUCGGCAAGAUCAUCCGCCAUCCUCCAAACGACAUUCAUCUAUAGUGGUGGCCACUGAUUAUUUCACAAAGUGGAUCAAAGCUGUACCAUUGGCCAACGUGACAUAUCAAGAAGUGGUCAAGUUUGUCAAGGAACACAUUAUUCACCGGUAUGGAAUUCCAAAAACGAUUACCGCCGAUCAAGGUACCGUGUUUACUAGUAAUAGAGUGGCCGCCUUUGCCACACAGUACGGGAUUGCUCUUUUGCAUUCGUCCCCGUAUUUUGCGCAGGAAAAUUGGCAAGCCGAAGUAGCCAAUAAAGUCUUACUUGGGAUAAUUAAAAAGGCUGUGGAAAACAAUCCGAGAAGAUAG